CCCCAUAGAUAUAUAUCUGCAAGAGUUUCUUUUCUCCAGCCACUUUUGUGUCCUCCUGCAAUCUGAUAAUCUAAUAUCAAUUCAUAGUUACUCACAUGAAUUCUUUGAUAGUUUAAUCCAUAGCAAAAGGGUUGGUUCCAUCGUUGUUCUAUCCCAAUAGUUCGUUAUCGUUAGAAAUGGGUUGUUUGACAUUCUCAAAUUCGAGUACCACUAUGAUGGCGGGCUUCGGGUUUUGGCGCCAUCCGAAAAACUGGAAUUUCCGCAAUUUGGAUCACCCGAAAAGUGUUCAGAUCGGCGAUAAUAUGAUAUUGAAGUCAAAUUUGAUUCCAACAGUCGAUUUAUCACAGAAAUACCACCUCAAGUCUUCCAAAUUGUCAAUGCUGCUCUCGGCUUCGACGCAACGAGACCCAGAAAUCGACCCGGUAGAAGACGAUGAGGGUUCAGUCGAAGACCUCAGAGUUCCCAGUCACUGGUUGGAUCCUGCAAAAGCAUCCCAGGAAUCAGAAUGGUUGAGAGUGACCCUUCAUAAAUGGUUGGAUGACGAGUACUGUCCAGAGGAAACAAACAUCAAGAUCAGUGAGGUGGCUGGUCGCUCAUUUUACAAAACGUUAACAGAGAAGAAGAAAACGGAACUGGGCGAGAUAUUGUUAGAUAUGGUGCAGGAAUUGAGCACUAUAUCCUACCAAGAGAGCUUCCAUGGUGCAUUUUCAUCAGCAAAUGCGGCUGUUAAUCUUAUAAUCCAACGGAUACAUCAAGAUUAAUUAGGUGCUUUACUGACCAAAGAAUCAAAUGUCUAACAUCAGAUCCCUUAGUUCACGGACAAGUAUGCUAGUAUCUGGUUAGUAAAGUACAAAACUGCUUUGUUACUGGUGUCUGCAUGCUUAAUUAUGAUUUUCUCUUCUAUUGAUGGUGCCGUAUUCACUGACAUAGAUGUCUAAACUUAAUGUUUAGUUUAUUUUGUUUUUGUUGUGGGUAUGCAACCAGUAUAAUACACGGUGACAAACUAAUUGAAGAUUAUAGCAUUUCUGAAUACUAGUGACAAUCCUAGUUCUUAAAUCAUUUCUCCAUGUGUGCAUUCUUAGAGCUUACACAAUUGUCUUUCUAUAUGUUUUUCUUUUAUGACUUGAACUUACUGAUCAUUUCUGUUAGGUCUUUUGCUUUGAGUUUCGACAGAAAAAAGUAUCCCUAACGUGAUUCUACAAUAUUUGCACACUGCACUCUGCUGCAGUGCUGUUGAUUUUAAGUACUGAAAACUCUACUUGUAUUAAGGGACUGAUCCGCAGCAUCUUUAGAAAUACUCCACAACAUUAUAUGAUUUCUUUGCACCUUAUAGAAGCAAUUGAAGCUAAGGCAAGGAUGCUAAUCUAUGGUUGUUGUUAAUGGUCAAAACUCAGUGAUAGGAUUCUUUCUUGCAGUGAAUAUUUCUUGUGAUGAUGAUAACGAUGUUUGUGAACUUGUGAAAAAUUUGAUGAUUGAGCAAUAAAAAAUAAUGGAAAUGAGGCACGUGAUUGGUAGACUUAUUUAUAGCCCACAGUGAGGCUAAAUUGGAACAAGAUAAUCUUCGGCAUUAAUAGCUAAGUUGAAAUACUUUUGUGUAAAACAGAAAAGAAAACUAUCAUUGGACUAGAAGAAGUUUAAUCAUUGUCCUUUGUUUCAAACAUCUGGCCACAAAUUGCGGGAUUCCCAGGUCUAUUUUUGGAUUUUUGGCCAUUCCAAAUGUUAUCUGUAGCCUCUAUCAAGCAUCAACAUCAAUGGCAGUAGCCAUAAAGUUGUUUGGCCUCUGCGGCAGUGAACCACAUUUCUGUCGGUGCUAUUGAAGAGCUCUAUUAUUUAUUAUAGUUAUUAUUAGUGAAAACCAACAUGCACACAGGGAACUUGGAAAUCUUCCUUUCUAAAAUACCAAAUGGGUCUUUUUCUUGUGUACACAAAAUGCAAAAGAACAACACAUUGUAGAUUGGCUCAAACUUUUUUGUAGGAAUGGGCGGGGGAUAUCUUCUGAUUUACCAUGCACAACCACCGUGUUAUGUGGCCUGUGGGAGCAGAACUGGUUUUAGAACAGAGGCACAUGGAUGAGGGGGAUCAACAUGCGAGCACUACUAAUAAUACAAUGGCUUUUUGAAUGAUUUUAAGUUUAAGAAGUGACCUUUAAUGUCCUCCAAAACUACCCAAGUUUAACGAUUUGGUUUCCUCUUACUCUCGAUAAUGAAUGACAGUAGAUCUGAAUGACACCCCUUCGUCUAUUGUGUAUGUGGUAGAGUUUUUAGAUCUUGCUUUCGCCCCACAAGAAGCAGUUGAUAAAGAACAAAGGCAAUAACUCAAAUUAUAACUUCACUGCGGUAAAAUAGACUACAUGAAAGCCAAGAACAGAAGGAAAAAAAAAAAAAAGAUACCAAAAUUUUCAUCAUGUGACUGAUGACGAAAUGACUUGAUAGUACUAUGGGAAUUGCUUUUGAUCUUUCCAUCAACGUCUACGGACUCAGUCAAGACACUCCAUGUUGGAGGCGAUCAUAUCAUGGCAUUAGCUAUGGCCAAUUUCUGUACGGUGUUGACGUUUUCAGGCCCCAAUAUGCUUUUAUAUUUUGCUUUUCUCUGUUCUUGGAGCCCCCAACAUUUUGGAACUGAAUGAUUUUGUUUAUCGCAUGAUGAAAUUUAUGAGAAGAAGAACCUGAUAAAAUAUUAACUACAGGCAUCUUCUAACUCUCCAACUAAGUCCCAAAAACUCUUUAGAGGUGAUUUCCUGUUCAGAAAAGCCCUUAAAAUCUAGGGAAAAAUUCAU